AUGCUGAGUGGGUCCAGCUCCAGCGGUUGUCACAGUGCUGAGUGGGUCCAGCUCCAGCGGUUGUCACCACCACUCUUGAGCCUGGGGAAACAGAGUCUUCAGCUCAACACUCCGUCCUGUGAAAACAAACUGCAGUGCCUCACGUUUCAGGGUCUCUCGCCCAGCACCUCCCCACUGCCCUCAGAGCCAGCAGGCUGCACCGACUCCUCUUCUGGUGUGUUUGCCACGGCAGCUCAGCACUGCCUCCAGUGGUGGCAAGCGGCAUUGCCAAGCCUUAAACUCGGCACUGCCUCCAGUGGUGGCAAGCAGCAUUGCACCGUACCACGCUCUUGUGCGCCACAGCUCAUCACGCCCUCCAGUGGUGUGAAUCAGCACUGCCGGGCCUUCCACAGAUUCCUAAUGCUGCUCACAAACCCUCCACAGAUGGCUGCAUAUUUUGGAUUUUCUGUUGCUGCCACAGACAUUAAUGGCAAUGAUUAUGCAGAUGUGUUUAUUGGAACACCUCUGUUCAUGGAUCAUGGUUCUAAUGGCAAACUCCAAGAGGUGGGGCAGGUGUCUGUGUCUCUGCAAAGAGCCUCAGGAGACUUCCAGACAACCAAGCUGAAUGGGCUUGAGGUCUUUGCAAGGUUUGGCGGUGCCAUAACACUUUUGGGAUAUCUGGACCAGGAUGGCUUCAAUGAUAUUGCAAUUGCUACACCAUAUGGGGGUGAAGAUUAAAAAGGAAUUGUUUAUAUUUUCAAUAGAAGAUUAACAGGCUUGAAUGCAGCACCGUCUCAAACUCUUGAAGGGAAGUGGGCUGCCCAGAGCAUGCCACCAAGCUUUGGCUAUUCCAUGAAAGGAGCCAUGGAUAUAGACAGAAAUGGGUAUCCAGACUUAAUUGUAGGAGCUUUUGGUGUAGAUAGAGCUGUAUUAUACAGGGCCAGACCAGUUAUAACUGUAAAUGCUGGCCUUGAAGUUUACCCUAGCAUUUUAAAUCAAGGCAAUAAAACCUGCCACUUCCUGAGACAGAUCUCAGUUUCCUGGUACCAUGAAGUAAAUGUGCUUAAAUUACUGAAGCGUGAUUUCGGAGCCAAACAAGGCAUCGCUGGAGGACGACUUUUUAGUGGAGACCUGAAGGAGGUGAAGGAGCUAGGUGUGUUUGAGAAACACAAGGAGAGCGGCGUGGGUGGGUGGGCCGGAACUGGAAGCAAAGAUGAAUCCAAAUUUAGAGACAAACUCACUCCAAUUACUGUUUUUAUGGAAUAUCAGCUAGAUUACAGAACAGCUGCUGAUGCGACAGGUUUACAACCCAUUCCUAAUAAGUUCACUCCAGCCAACGUAUGCAAACAAGCCCAUAUUCUGCUUGACUGUGGUAAAGACAAUGUCUGCAAACCCAAAUUGGAAGUUUCUGUAGAUAGAUUUGUAUUAACUUGUAGUAAUCAAAAGAAGAUCUGUAUUGGGAACGACAAUCCCCAGUUCUGAGCCAAGAUUGUCAAGGCUCAGAAUCAAGGAGAAGGUGCCUAUGAAGCUGAGCUCAUCAUUCCCAUCCCUCCGCAAGCUGAUUUCAUCGGGGUUGUCCGCAAUAGUGAAGCAUUUGCAAGACUUUCCUAUGUAUUUAAAACAAAAGACCAAACCCGCCAGGUUGUAUGUGAUCUUGGAAACCCAAUGAAGGCUGGAACUCAGCUCCUAGCUGGUCUUUGUUUCAGUGUGCACCAGCAAUCAGAGAUGGAUACUUCUGUGAAAUUCGAUUUACAGAUCCAAAGCUUCAAUCUCUUUGAGAAGGUAAGCCCAGUUGUUUCUUACAGAGCUGACCUCGCAGUCUUAGCCGCUGUUGAGAUAAGAAGAGUUUCAAGUCCUGAUCAUAUCUUUCUUCCAGCUCCAGACUGGGAGCAUAAGGAGAACCCUGAGACCGAAGAAGAUGCCAGGCCACUUGUUCAGCACAUCUAUGAGCUCAGAAACAACGGUCCAAGUUCAUUCAGCAAGGCAGUGCUGAAUCUUCAGUGGCCUUACACACAUAACCAUAGCUCAUUGUUACACAUGCUUCAGUAUGGAGCUGACGGGUCCACGAACUGCACGUCAGACACGGAGAUCAACCCUUUGAGAAUUAAGAUCUCAAAUUCACAAACCGAAAAGAAUGACACAGUUCCUGGCCAAGGGGACGGGAACCAACUCGUCACCAAGCGGGAUCUCACCCUCCGCGAGGGAGAUGUUCACACUUUGGGUUGUGGAGUUGCUGAGUGCCUGAAGAUUGUCUGCCAGGUUGGACGACUAGACAGAGGAAAGACUGCCAUCCUGUAUGUAAGGUCCCUGCUGUGGACUGAGACCUUUAUGAAUAAAGAAAACCAGAAUCGUUCAUACUCUCUGAAGUCAUCUGCGUCUUUUAACGUCAUUGAAUUUCCUUAUAAGAACCAUCCAAUUGGGGGUGAUGAUUCUUCUAAGGAAUAUGUGAUUUAUUCACAGUUCCUCAAGGUCUGGGAAUGA